CUGUCUCUCCCUGCCCCACGGUGGACACCAUGAACCUUCUGGUCGCUCUCCUUUGCCUGAUGCCCCUGUACCCAGGUCUGGCUGCAGCCACUCCGUCCUGCCCUCAGAAUGUGAAUAUCUCUGGAGGAACUUUCACCCUCAGUCACGGCUGGGCUCCGGGGAGCCUUCUCACCUACUCCUGUCCUCUGGGCUAUUACCCAUCCCCUGCAUCGAGGUUGUGCAAGAGCAACGGACAGUGGCAGACCCCUCGAGCCACCCGACUGACAAAGGCAGUCUGCAAACCUGUUCGCUGUCCAUCCCCUGUUACCUUUGAGAAUGGCAUGUACACCCCACGCCUGGGAUCCCACCCCGUGGGUGGCAACCUCACCUUUGAGUGUGAGGACGGCUUCACACUGCGGGGUUCGCCUGUGCGGCAGUGUCGCCCCAACGGAAUGUGGGAUGGAGAGACGGCUGUGUGUGACAGUGGUGGUGACGACUGCCCGAACCCAGGUAUUUCGGUGGGUGCUGUGCGAACAGGCUCCCGCUUCAACCUUGGGGAUAAGGUCAGUUACCGCUGCUCCUCCAACCUGGUGCUGACAGGGUCUGCAGAGCGGGAGUGCCAGGACAAUGGAGCCUGGAGUGGGACGGAGGCUAUCUGCCGUCAACCCUACUCUUAUGACUUCCCUGAAGAUGUGGCCCCUGCCUUGGGCUCGUCCUUGACCCACAUACUUGGAGUCACCAAUCCUAUCCAGAAGAAGAAUGAAAACCUGGGCCGUAAAAUCCAAAUCCAACGUUCAGGUCAUCUGAACCUCUAUCUGCUCCUGGAUGCCUCUCAGAGUGUGGCAGAAAAGGACUUCAAAAUCUUCAAGGAGAGUGCUGCAUACAUGGUGGACAGGCUCUUCAGCUUUGAGAUCAAGGUUAGUGUUGCCAUCAUCACCUUUGCCUCAAAGCCCAAACUCAUCAUGUCUGUUUUGCAUGAAAACUCCCAGGAUGUAACUGAAGUGCUCCACAGUCUGGACAAUGCUAACUAUAAAGACCAUGAAAAUGGAACUGGGACCAACACCUAUGAGGCCCUAAAUAGUGUCUAUCUCAUGAUGAAUAACCAAAUGCAACGCCUUGGCAUGAACACAGUGGCCUGGCAGGAGAUCCGACAUGUCAUCAUUCUUCUGACAGACGGAAAGUCCAACAUGGGAGGCUCUCCCAAGCCAGCUAUUGAUAAUAUCAAAGAGGUCCUGAACAUCAGACAGAAGAGGAACGACUACCUGGACAUCUAUGCCAUCGGGGUAGGCAAGCUGGAUGUGGACUGGAAAGAACUGAACGAGCUGGGGUCCAAGAAGGAUGGGGAGCGGCAUGCCUUCAUUCUGCAGGACACGAAAGCUCUGAGCCAGGUCUUUGAGCACAUGCUUGAUGUUACCCAGCUCACAGACACCAUCUGUGGGGUGGGGAACAUGUCAGCCAAUGCCUCAGACCAGGAGAGGACACCCUGGCAUGUCACCAUUAAGCCCAAGAGCCUGGAGACCUGCCGGGGGGCCCUCAUCUCAGACCAGUGGGUCCUGACAGCUGCUCACUGCUUCCUCAAUGCUGACGAAUUCUCUCUGUGGAGAGUCUUUGUGGGGGACCCCAACUCUGUGUGGGGCAAAGACUUCCGUAUUGAAGAGGCAGUGAUCUCCAAGGGAUUUGAUGUCUUUGCCAAGAAGAACCAGGGAAUCCUGGAGUUCUAUGGUGAUGACAUUGCCCUGCUGAAGCUGGCCCAGAAAGUGAAGAUGUCUACUCAUGCCAGGCCCAUCUGCCUUCCCUGCACAGUGGAGGCCAAUCUGGCUCUGCGGAGACCCCAAAACAGCACCUGCCUGGACCAUGAGAGAGCACUUCUUAACAAACAGAGUGUUCCUGCGCAUUUUGUCGCCUUGAAUGGGAAUAAACUGAACAUUAACCUCAAGACAGGGACAGAGUGGACAAACUGUAUCAAGGCUGUCUCUCAGGACAACAACAUGUUCCCCAACCUGAUAGAUGUGAGAGAGGUGGUGACAGACCAGUUCCUCUGCAGUGGGACUGAGAAAGAUGACAACCCCUGCAAGGGAGAAUCUGGGGGAGCAGUGUUCCUUGAGCAGAAAUCCAGGUUUUUUCAGGUGGGACUGGUGAGCUGGGGUCUCUACAAUCCCUGUGUUAACUCCGACAAAAACUCACGCAAAAAGGCCCCCCGUGGUAGAGUGCCACCACCAAGAGACUUCCACAUCAGUCUCUUCCGCCUGCAGCCAUGGCUAAGGCAGCACCUGCAGGGGGUCCUGAAAUUCUUGCCCCUUUAA